CAAAGAGAAGAACACUAAAAAUGGCCGACGCAAUAAUUAGAAAACAAGAUUUGCCCCCUCCGGGGGGCUACAAGCCAAUUCCUUACAAAAGAAUCCCAGCCAAACAAUUUUUCAGCGGGUAUGCUAUGUUUGCUGGUUACAUCGGCAUCACUGCCGCAGGAUUAUACCUGUAUAACUUAAACUACAAACAGAUAAAAAAAGAUGAAGUUGAAAUGCGUUCAGCUAAAAUGGCCAUUUACCCUAUGCUGUUAGCCGAGAGAGACAGGGAGUACCUUAAACAGCUUCGCAAGAACCGCGACGCUGAAGCAGAAUUGAUGAAGGAUGUGCCUGGUUGGGAGGUUGGUACCUAUUACGGCGAAAGGGUGUACAAGAACUUGCCACCAGAUACUCUGGUCGAGCCCAUCUUCCACGAGUACUAUGCUCAUGCUGAUCCUAAAGAAUGGUACAGAAGAGCCUACCUGAAACUACUGUCUUAGAAAUUGAGUCUUAUUAUUUUCAUUGUGAUGACACCAUACAUGAAUAAUUGAAAACAAUUCAGUCUCUGGAAAGGCCACAGUGAAAUAUUGAGAACUUAUUUAUAAUCUAGUGUUGCUAUUAGUAGCUUACCAAAUUAAAGCAGAUUCAGUUUUAUGAAAUGUUUUGAUUUUUCAGCCACAAACACUGUUUUAUACCAAACAUCC